AUGACGGUGUUUUUAUGGCUUCUGGUUGGAUUUGGGGCUGCCACAACAUUGUCCGACCUGUUCCAGGACAACAAGAUUUACGGGAGGCUAAUGAAACCAAUGUAAGCAUUUUAGUCGACAUUUUACUUGAGAUUUACUAUGCAAGCCAUAUAGUAGAACUCUUUUCAGUUCGCCAGAUCACCGUGAAGGGAUCAAGGAAGUGAUCAAAUGUGUUGCUCAAGAGUUCAAUUUGACCGAAGAAGCUGUAGUUGAUGUUAUUCAAGAGAACUCCGAGACCCACAAAGGAGCCUUUGCUUAUGUGGAAAGCCUAGAUGAUGACGAGGUUCUGGACUGUUUUCAAAACUCCACCGACCUGUAUGUUGUUGCUGCCGGGAAUCUGAUCAAAAUUUGGAAAGAGCGAGAAAAAGAUUUCACCAAAGUAACGGACCGAGUCAUCGUUGAUGGUCAAAAACAGACCUUGGAGGACAUCUUGGACAGGCUGAGUACUGCGCCAAAAGAGUGAGCCGAAAGCAGAAUUCGAAACGUUUGAAAAAUUGCAGCAGCUCGCUUUACUAUGCCUGCGAUGACAUUGAAAAGAGGGACCCGGAGGGCGAGGCGUUCGCGCAGUUCUACGUCGUCUUCUCGUACGUUGCGGAAGAGCUCUUCCCCGGAACGUAAGUUGCCAAUUGCGAGAAGGCGUGAACAUCAUUUUGUCGGAAAAAUAAUGUGGAUUUAUCACAGCAAAGUGUCUUGAUUCGUCGCAGAAGCGUGCCGAAUCUCCAGCCCCGGCUAGCAAAGCGAUGAGGAUGAAUCCACAUUAUUUUCCCGACAGACUGAUAUAUUUAUUUUUUAGCGCCUACAAGCCAACCAGACUAAUUGAUCGAGUCAACGAAAAGUUGUUCACAGCGGAAGGAGUGGAGCCGGAGAAGUUGAUCACCAGCUGCGAUCGGGAGAAACCACCAAAUCAAAUCAUCGACUUCUUUUAG